GAAGGGGUUUUCCCCAACCAAGUGUAGAGCCCAUGCGGAAGAAAGUUGAUGCCCGAGUUCGAACACUGGUCGAGAAUGGCAUCAAGUCCCACACAAGGUGCAUGUUUGUCAUUGUCGGCGACCAUGGAAGGGACCAGGUGGUUAACCUCCACUUUAUGGUGAACAAGAUCACCAAUUCGAAGCCCUCUGUCUUGUGGUGCUACAAGAAAGAACUGGGCUUCAGUACCCAUAAAAAGAAGCGGAUGAAGCAGGUGAAAAAGAUGCAGAAGAGCGGACAACUAGAUCCAAAUGUGGAUGAUCCGUUUGAGCUCUUCAUUUCCAGCACAAAUAUCCGAUACUGCUACUACAAAGACACUGAGCAGGUUCUCGGCAAAACCUUUGGCAUGUGCAUCCUGCAGGACUUUGAAGCGUUGACGCCAAAUUUGUUGUGCCGAGUCGUUGAGACGGUCCAGGGUGGCGGCAUGGUCAUUCUUUUGCUGAAAACCAUGGAAUCCCUGAAGCAACUGUACAGCCUAGCCAUGGAUGCGCAUCACAAUUUGCGCACUGAGACGCACACGGACACAGAGCCCCGCUUCAACGAACGCUUGGUUCUCUCCUUGAAGGACUGCCCGGCGUGCCUGGUGCUUGACGAUGAGCUGAACAUCCUUCCGCUGUCGAAACAUGCCCAGGCAGUCCGGCCUAUGGAGGUUGAUGAAGACGUCGAUGCUGGGGAGCGGCCAAAGACGGCAAAUGAGAGGGAACUGGACGAGCUGAAGGAAACAACCGCCGACACUCAGCCCAUCGGUCCAAUUGUCAAUGUGUCCAAGACCUUGGACCAGGCUAAAGCCGUCAUGACCUUCGUCGAUGCGAUAUCGGAGAAGACCCUGAACCGGACGAUGGCUUUGACUGCCGCUCGUGGUCGUGGCAAGUCAGCUGCUUUGGGCUUGGCAGUCUCUGCCGCAGUGGCCUACGGCUAUUCCAAUAUCUUCGUGACAGCACCAUCUCCUGAAAACCUCAGCACGGUCUUUGAGUUCAUCCUCAAAGGCUUCGAUGCAUUGGGGAUGAAGGAGCAUCAGGAGUAUGAGCUGGUGCAAGCAGAGAAUCCCGACCUCAACAAGGCCCUUGUCCGCGUGAACAUCUUCAAGGACCACCGGCAGACGGUUCAGUACAUUAAUCCAUCGGACUGGCAGCAUCUGGCACAGGCCGAGCUGCUGAUCGUCGAUGAAGCUGCAGCAAUUCCCUUGCCCAUCGUCAAGAAACUCUUGGGGCCAUACUUGGUGCUCUUAGCAUCGACGGUGAAUGGCUACGAAGGAACGGGCAGAGCUUUGUCACUGAAGCUCAUAGAGGACCUCAAGAAGAACAAAGGCAGCGGCAAGAUUGGAUCUCUGGGCGACCGCAGCAUGAGGGAACUAUCUCUCGAGGAGCCAAUUCGUUAUGCUCCAGGUGAUCCCAUUGAGGCUUGGUUAUGCCAGCUCCUUUGUCUCGAUGCAGCGCAGGUGCCAAAGUUGCAGCUGAACAGCCUACCGCUGCCGGCUCAGUGCAGCCUCUUCAUGGUGAACAGAGACGCACUUUUCUCUUAUCAUGAAGCAUCGGAGAAGUUUCUUUUCAAAAUGAUGUCGCUCUUCGUCUCAAGUCACUACAAGAAUUCUCCCAACGACCUUCUGCUGAUGGCAGAUGCACCAGCACAUCAUUUGUUGGUGCUGUUGCCACCCAUCGAUGUGGAUUCCGAGCAAGCAGACCUUCCAGAAGUCUUGGUUGCGAUCCAGAUUUGCGCAGAGGGCGCCCUCUCGCGAGACACGGUCAAGGCUUCCUUGAAGCGGGGCUUGCGGCCCUCCGGAGAUCUGAUCCCAUGGACGCUGACGCAGCAUUUCCUGCAUGACAGCUUUGGGGAGCUGAGUGGUGUGCGAGUGGUGCGAAUCGCCACGCACCCCUCCUUGCAGCGCAAAGGUUACGCAUCAGAAGCCCUGAAGCAGAUGAUUGCUUGGUUUGAACAAAAGUCGCGAGGAGGUGAUUCUUUCGUGGACAAACCUUCCACAAAGAAGACCUCCACAAAGACGGAUUCCUCAGGUGCUGCUCAGUUGCACGAGGAGGAGCUUUGCCCACGAGACGUGCCUCCCCUGUUGGAGGCGGUGUCCGAGGUGCCACCACCUUACGACCUGGAUUACGUGGGUACUUCCUUUGGCCUCACCUACGAACUGUUCGAGUUUUGGCGACGAGCUGGUUUCAGACCGGUGUAUUUGCGUCAGCAGCCUCACGCGGGAACAGGUGAGCACUCAACAAUCCUCGUGCGCGCCUUGCAGCCGCUGGAGGGUGAAUCAAGAGCAGCACCAAUCCUGGACCACUUCGUGGCAGACUUCCGAUUGCGUUUCUUGCGUUUGUUGCAAGGGCCCUUUGCCAAGCAGCCAACUCGCUUGGCUCUGUCGGUGGUUGAUCCACUACCGCAGGAUGCAGCAGCUGCUCGUGAGGAGAAUGAGGAUAUGGAGUCUGCCAUUGAGAGUCAGCAGCCACUGACCGCGGCGAGUCUCUUGCAAUUCCUGUCACGAGACGAUAUCCACAGGUUGGAGCAAUACGGUCGCAAUCUGGUGGAAUAUGGACUGAUCCUGGAUGUUGUGCCAAUGCUGGCAUCUUUGUACAUGUCCAGAAGGAUGCCCUCAGUGCGUCUUUCAUCGUUACAGGGUGCCAUACUCCUUGCCGUUGGAUGUCAACAUCGAACCUUUGAUGAGGUUUCCCAGGAGUUUAAUGCCCCCGCUUCUCAGCUCCUGGCGCUCUUCAAUAAGGCGAUGCACAAAUUGUCGAACCAUUGCAAGACCUUGCUGGAGCAACAAGUGGAAGAAGAAGGUGAAGCAGAAGGUUUGUCUACCAGAGCGAUGAAGUCUGGUCAGGUAGUCCAGGGCGGAGCUUUCGUCAAGGACUCCUUGAAGUCAGAGCAACAAGUCGCCGGGCAGAAGGUGAAUAAGAAGUUAGAAGAGAAGCGGAAAGAGUUGCUGUCUACCUUGACAGAGGAGAAGUUUGCCAUUGCGCCCAGCACAGAGGACUUCUCCGAAGCUUUGCAAGGGAGUGCUCCCUCAGGCACUGUGUCAGUCAAGAAGAAGCGGCAGAACGAUGCCGGAGCUGCGCAACAAGGAAAAAAACGAAAAUCUGGCUGACUCCAUAGGUUAUUUUGCCCGUGUGGACGGAGAAAAA